GAGGGGGAGAGCGAGUGAGCGAGGGAGGGAGAGAGAGGCAGGCUGCGGGGAGAGGAGAGGGAGAGGGGGAGCCGCGCGCAGCUCGCGGGAGGACAGGCUUCUCUUUUCCGUGCUCAGUUAAUCUGGCUGUCAGUUGGUGUUAACGCUGCAGUUUAAGCGCUCGGAUUCCAAGGGAAACAGACAAACCUCACAGAAGGAAGGCAGAGAGCAAGCAAGGAAGGAAGGAACAGCAGGAGGAAAGGAACAGGCAGAACAGAGAGGAAGAAAGGGAAGCGGGGAAACAGCAAAUCUAUGAUUGGACCUGGGCUUCUCUUUCGCCAAUGCAAAAAGGAAUAUGCAGCACAUUUUUGCCUUCUUCUGCACCGGUUUCCUAGGCGCGGUAGUAGGUGCCAAUUUCCCCAACAAUAUCCAGAUCGGGGGAUUAUUUCCAAACCAGCAGUCACAGGAACAUGCGGCUUUUAGAUUUGCUUUGUCCCAACUCACGGAGCCCCCAAAGCUGCUCCCCCAGAUUGAUAUUGUGAACAUCAGUGACAGCUUUGAGAUGACCUACAGAUUCUGUUCCCAGUUCUCCAAAGGAGUCUAUGCCAUCUUUGGGUUUUAUGAACGAAGGACUGUCAACAUGCUGACCUCCUUUUGCGGGGCCCUCCACGUCUGCUUCAUUACACCAAGCUUUCCCGUUGACACAUCCAACCAGUUUGUCCUUCAGCUGCGCCCCGAGCUGCAAGAUGCCCUCAUCAGUAUCAUCGACCAUUACAAGUGGCAAAAAUUUGUCUACAUUUAUGAUGCUGACCGGGGUCUGUCCGUCCUGCAGAAAGUCCUGGACACAGCCGCAGAGAAGAACUGGCAGGUGACAGCUGUCAAUAUUUUGACAACCACGGAGGAGGGAUAUCGGAUGCUCUUCCAAGACCUGGAGAAGAAAAAGGAGCGGCUGGUGGUGGUGGACUGUGAAUCGGAACGCCUCAAUGCUAUCCUGGGCCAGAUUAUAAAGCUGGAGAAGAAUGGCAUCGGCUACCACUAUAUCCUUGCAAAUCUGGGUUUCAUGGACAUUGACCUAAACAAAUUCAAGGAGAGUGGAGCAAAUGUGACAGGUUUCCAGUUGGUGAACUACACAGACACCAUCCCAGCCAAGAUCAUGCAGCAGUGGAAAACCAGUGAUGCCCGGGACCACACCCGGGUGGACUGGAAGAGACCUAAGUACACCUCUGCGCUCACCUACGAUGGGGUGAAGGUGAUGGCGGAGGCUUUCCAGAGCCUGCGGAGGCAGAGAAUCGAUAUCUCCCGCCGGGGGAAUGCCGGGGACUGCCUAGCUAACCCCGCCGUGCCCUGGGGCCAGGGCAUCGACAUCCAGAGAGCGCUGCAGCAGGUGCGUUUUGAAGGCUUGACAGGAAAUGUGCAAUUUAAUGAGAAAGGACGCCGGACCAACUACACCCUCCAUGUGAUCGAAAUGAAGCAUGACGGCAUCCGAAAGAUCGGUUACUGGAAUGAAGAUGAUAAGUUUGUCCCUGCAGCCACAGAUGCUCAAGCUGGGGGGGAUAAUUCAAGCGUCCAGAAUAGAACGUACAUUGUCACUACCAUCCUAGAAGAUCCUUACGUGAUGCUCAAGAAGAAUGCCAACCAGUUUGAAGGCAAUGACCGUUAUGAGGGCUACUGUGUGGAGCUGGCAGCAGAGAUUGCCAAGCACGUGGGCUACUCCUAUCGUCUUGAGAUUGUCAGCGAUGGAAAAUAUGGAGCCCGUGACCCUGACACAAAGGCUUGGAAUGGCAUGGUGGGAGAGCUGGUCUAUGGACGAGCAGAUGUGGCCGUGGCCCCUUUAACAAUCACUUUGGUCCGGGAAGAGGUGAUAGACUUCUCCAAGCCAUUUAUGAGUCUGGGAAUCUCCAUCAUGAUAAAAAAGCCCCAGAAGUCCAAGCCCGGGGUGUUCUCCUUCCUGGAUCCUUUGGCUUAUGAGAUUUGGAUGUGCAUCGUCUUCGCCUACAUUGGCGUGAGCGUCGUCCUCUUCCUGGUCAGCCGCUUCAGCCCCUACGAGUGGCACAGUGAAGAGUUUGAGGAAGGGCGGGACCAGACCACCAGCGACCAGUCCAAUGAGUUUGGAAUAUUCAACAGCUUGUGGUUCUCCCUGGGAGCCUUCAUGCAGCAGGGAUGUGACAUUUCUCCCAGGUCCCUGUCCGGCCGCAUCGUUGGUGGCGUCUGGUGGUUCUUCACCCUGAUCAUCAUCUCCUCCUACACGGCCAACCUGGCCGCCUUCCUGACCGUGGAGAGGAUGGUGUCUCCCAUUGAGAGUGCCGAGGACCUGGCCAAGCAGACAGAAAUCGCGUAUGGGACACUGGAAGCAGGAUCCACAAAGGAGUUUUUCAGGAGGUCCAAAAUCGCCGUGUUUGAGAAGAUGUGGACAUACAUGAAGUCAGCAGAACCAUCCGUUUUUGUGCGAACCACGGAGGAGGGGAUGAUCCGUGUACGGAAAUCCAAGGGCAAAUACGCCUACCUUCUAGAAUCCACCAUGAACGAGUACAUUGAGCAGCGGAAACCCUGUGACACCAUGAAGGUGGGAGGUAACUUGGAUUCCAAAGGCUAUGGCAUUGCGACGCCCAAGGGGUCCGCUCUGAGAGGUCCCGUAAACCUAGCGGUUUUGAAACUCAGUGAGCAAGGCGUCUUAGACAAGCUGAAAAGCAAAUGGUGGUACGAUAAAGGGGAAUGUGGAAGCAAGGACUCCGGAAGUAAGGACAAGACAAGCGCUCUGAGCCUCAGCAAUGUGGCUGGCGUGUUCUACAUCCUGAUUGGAGGACUUGGACUAGCCAUGCUGGUUGCCUUAAUCGAGUUCUGCUACAAGUCACGUAGCGAAUCCAAGCGGAUGAAGGGUUUCUGUUUGAUCCCACAGCAAUCCAUCAACGAAGCCAUACGGACAUCAACGCUCCCCCGAAACAGCGGGGCAGGAGCCAGCGGUGGUGGUAGUGGAGAAAACGGCCGGGUCGUCAGCCAUGACUUCCCCAAGUCCAUGCAAUCCAUUCCCUGCAUGAGCCACAGUACAGGGAUGCCCUUGGGAGCCACUGGAUUGUAAUGGAGCAGAACCAAGGCCCCUGGGGAGUAUGCUCAGGCUCCCCCAGUUCCAUCCCAACCCUUCAGUGCCAAAAACAACAAAAUGAAACGCAACCACCACCAACCACCAUGACCACAGGGAGGAUGAUUCAACUGAUUUUCCUGAAGAAUUGAGAAACCAUUUUGCAGCCCCUUUUUCCUUUUUUGAUGUUAUUUUGCCCUUUUCCAUCUGCUAAGUGAGAUGACAAGUAACACUGUAUUGCAAUAAGGGGAGCAUAACCCUGUCAAAUAGAGCCUGUGUCUCUGAACACGGAGUCACUAGAACACUAACGAGGAAACUGUACUAUUUUCUUUUAAUUCGGUUGUUAAUGUGUCUUUGUGUGUGCAGUAUUUUUUUCUUACUAAUAUCCAUGGUUUUCAAGUUCCGUUAGGCCCCUCCUUCUCUUUACUUCUUACUCCCAACUCCCUACCCAUCCUUCUUUGGUUUUCAGAUUGGAGAUUCAAGAUCUGUUCUACCUUACAAGCAAGCGAAAGGGAAAAAGCAAUCUUCAAACUAAUUCAUCAUGGGAGCUCUCCAAAUCCCCCUCCCCACCUCGGCCCCAAGCCACGGAUGGAGUUGGAAGUUGUUGGAGGAGUGGGCUGCCCUCCUCAGACAGGGCCCUGCCUCAGCACUGAUGGAGAACACAUGUGAAGUCAUGCAGGACAAGGGUGGCGGAGAGGGUCAACAAAGGCAGGUGUGCAGUCAGAGGAGGACUCGUGAAAUUCCAGAGGCUCUGAUAAAGCUUCCUUUAAUGUGUAACAGCUAUCUCUGUAGGCCUUAGGUGGAAUCAUAUGCUUCUUCACAGAGUCAACCUCAAUCCUGAGAAGUGUGUCCUGCUGCUAUGUUCAAGCCCAGAAGCAUUCUGGUGGCUGAAGGGCAACUGGCUUCUUGAACCAAGUAGAGCCUUGGGAAUAGCUCAGAGCCAGAGAGAACCCCUGGUUCACACUUUUCAUUUGCUUGACUUCUGAGCAGAAACCCCACAGUAGAGUAAACUCUCUUCAGAGCUUCUGAUGUGGGGGCGGUGGGGGGGGGCUGUCAUGCAAGCUAAAUGCAAAAGAAAGUUGAUGGAAGAACUUUGGGAAAAGAAGCUUCAUUGAAGCCUAUAAACUGUGGAACCUUCAAUGGUGUGCCCUGUUCUAUGACUGAGAGACCAAAGGUGAAGCUUACGGUUUUGCUGACCUGGAGAACUCGAGUUUCUAUGUCCUAUAAAGGUAUCCUUUUCAUAGGUGGCCAGAUAACAUUUUGUCAUCUUUAGAAAGUAAAAUGCCCAAGGGUGAAUGAUUUGAAGGAUGAUAGGGAGACGGACUGAGGUGAUAACUUUGAGGAAACUUAACAUCCUUCUAACCCAAGGAAGCCAACCUUCCCCCUGACAAAGACAGAAUGAAGAUACUGUAUUCCAGUGAUCAGAGUCAAUAGGCCCAUGUUUGGGACUACAAAGCUGAACUAAAACAAGAUUGGAGAAGUGACAGCGUUCAUGGAGAGAAGCCCAGACUGACUACAACUUUGGUUGGGUGUUGGGGGGUGGGAGGCAGCUGGUCCUGGCACAUUGCUUUCCUGGAGAUCCCAGCUCUCAUUCUUGGUGCAAUUGGCUUCCAGCUCUCCAGCAGCCACUCUCCUUAGGUGCAUGAUUCAGUGAGUGCCAUGUGUUCUCAGCUUUUAUUGAUAACCAUAUUCUGGCUUGUCCCCUUACCCCCUACAAUCUUCUCUACUAGAGGACAUCAUUAGCAAUUGACCAACUAAAGGUUUUGGAGCCUACGUACAAGUAGGUGCAACGUGACUGGCUUCAUCUGUGGACUCUCUCCGUGGAUACGCAUCAUCUCUAUGUCUCUUCCAUCCUCCUACUGUCAGCCACAGCAAAGAACCAUCCCAAAAUCAAACUCUUUGCCCUUUCACCUCAAGUUGCUGUUCAGUCUCUCACGUGUCAGUGGGGGUAUGGUGCAUGAAGCAGGACCCUCAAGGUGGAUUUUCACUUUUUGUUACUGUCAGUUGAUGUCCUUACCCCUUACCCUCCUACCAGAUUCUUCUCAACCCUUAGCCUACCACUGCAGAAUCUGACAUGACCCACCAUUAGGGGGUCUGCAUUUCGGAGGAGUUGGAAAUAACCCUUUACCAUCAACAUGCUUCAAAGACCUUUUACCUUUGGCUUGGUAAGAUGCCUCUCCAGCCACUGAGCACACCAGAAACAUGAUCUAAUAGGGAGAGACCACCUAUGCUAGAAAUGAGGGGCUAUGCUAUGUGGGGGUCCAAGACUCCAGCAAGACAAUGUUUUUCAUCAAUGGAGGGGUGAUGGGGAAAACAAAAGUAAGAAAAAAGUUAACUUGUAUUAUGUAUUUUUAUUACACUUUUCUUAAAAAUAGAGCAAUGGGAAAACUCUGGAAGAGAUUGACAUUUUUCUCAACAGGAAUCCAUUACUUAACAGUUCUGGCUUUCAUUAAAUUUUGCUCUUUGGUACCUG